AUGGCAGCUGUUCAUGGUGAGACCAUGGAACAGAGAAACCAGACUAUCUCAAUGGAAUUCACCCUUCUGGGUCUGUCCCACCUCUCUGGUUUCAGGGGGUUCAUAUUUCUAGUGUAUGUGACUGUGUUUUUCAUGACAGUGCUGGGGAACUGCCUCAUUAUUGUAGCCAUUACAGUGGAUGCCCACCUUCACACUCCAAUGUAUUUUUUCUUGGUGAACUUGUCUCUCCUGGACAUGUGCUAUACGUCCAUUACUGUCCCCAACAUACUGUGUGACAUUGCUCUGCAGAGCAGCACCAUCUCCUUUGCAGGCUGCAUGAGCCAGGCCUACCUGUUCACCCUGUGUGCCACAGUCGAAUGCAUGCUGUUGGCAGCCAUGGCUUGUGAUCGUUAUGUGGCAAUAUGCCGGCCUCUGCACUAUACGCUCAUCAUUAAUCGUAGUGCGUGUGUGCUGUUGGCCGUGUUUGCCUGGCUGUGUGGGCUUCUCAACGCAACCAUCAAUACCCUCCUCACAUUGGGCCUUGUGUUCUGUGGGGCAAAUUCUAUAAAGCACAUGUACUGUGAGGUUCAACCUCUUAUAAGGCUCUCCUGCUCUGACACCAGGAUCAAUGAUAUCUGUGCCACCUUAUCUGCAGCCAUGUUUGGGGUGGGGUGCCUGAUCCUUAUUCUCACAUCCUAUUUCUUCAUUGGCAUGGCCAUUGUGAGGAUCCCUGGCCAGGAUGGCAAAAUUAAAGCUUUCUCCACCUGUACGUCUCAUAUUAUAGUGGUGUUGCUGUAUUAUGGGGCAUUGAUCUUCAUGUACCUGCUGCCCAGUGCUAGCUCAUCCCAGGCACUAAACAUGGCAGUUUCCAUGGUAUAUUCUACUGGGACCCCCAUGCUGAAUCCCAUCAUAUAUAGUCUGAGGAACCAGCAGGUCAAGGGGGCUCUAAUGAAGGCAAUGAGCAGAAAGAACCCAGUCUUGAGCUUGACUUUUUCUCUAUAG